UACUAGGUACAGUAAAUAUACUAUACACAAAUACAAAAAGACUAUCUUCCGUCGGCGGCGGUCUACACUCUAUAGUCUGUUAUGGUAUUUGAAAUCUGGAAUUCUGUGAAUCAGAUCUCAACAUACGCAAAUAACGAAAGAAUAUAAAGAAAUGCGAUACUUCUUACAGUGUGGUGUCCUUUACAUAUAGGUUAGUACUCUAGUACAAGCUUCCAACUCCUUCAACCUGUACAACAUUUUGAGAUUGUACCAAGUGUUAACACAGUAUGGGAAAAACAAAAAGACAAGUAAGCCAAGUGAAACGUGCCGGGUGCAGGCCGAGGCGACAACGAAUAAUUCGUCCACUAAAUUUACCUCCUGAAAUCUGGCAAAAAUACCUCUCAACAAAAUCGCACAAAGAAAACAUUCAACAAACGAAUACUUAUACUACAGAAAUGAAUUUACCUGCAAGCACAGCAAGUGAAAAUAAAUUGGUGAUGAAGGAUGUCAAGGCAACUAGUUCAAAAACUUCAGUUGGUGCUACCUGCUGUAAUUCUGCAGGAAAUGAACCAAAUAUACUCAAGCAAUUGUCUGUAAAAAUAGACAACUCGUAUGCAGUUCAAUUCAACUGUCUUUUUUUAAAUGAAAACUUGUGCAAAGCUCUAGAAAUCCAUAAAAGUAUUUAUGAUAAAGUAAUGAAUGCAAAACAGGCUUUUAUCAAGUUUUCAGUCCAAACAGUUAUUCAUAACAAAGAAAAAGGAUUAUCAGACCACGUAAUUCUUGCGGAAUCAGAACUUAAUGUUUCAUUGAAUUUAUUAGAAAAACAAGAAUUGCUAUUAUCCAAUUUACAGAAAACAUUCCGUGAAAUCACAGCACCACUAUCAGUAUUAACUUGCUACAAUAUAGAACAGGACAAUAUGCUCAGACUGUCUGCUUGUUUAAGUAAAAAAGAAAAUGAAAUAGAUGAUUUAAAACAAAGAAAUGGUUCACUAGAGAUUAAAAUACGUAACAAUGAACAAAAAUUAUUGAAGACUAAGCAAACAUAUCAAAAUAUCAUCAAAACCAAAGAUAAACUUCUAUCAGAUGCAAAACGAAAAUGCUGCCUUAUGAUGAAGCGUAUUCGAUUGAUGAAGGAAAGCAACAGGAGGAAAAAUAAUAAUAAUAUGGAAUCAUUAGGAAUUCAAGCGAAAAUUAAAAAUCUUGUGGCUGAAUCAAUAAAACUGACUGAAUCUCUAAAAAAAAAUAUUUUAGAAAAUCAUACACACAGUUGUACAACAUGCAACAAUGAACUGGCUGUCAAAAACAAAAAUGAAAUUAUUUUUAAUUUGAAUAAUCAGUUGAAAGAUUUACACAAGCAAAACAAACGAAAAGACAAUGUAAUCCAUUCUUUGUUAAUUUCCUCAAGACAUCUAAAUAGGCAAAUUGUUGCUAUUAAAGAGUCAAGCAAAUUAAAAGAAAAACAAUGUAAAUUUGAAACUGCAAAAUUAACAUCUUGUAUAGAUAAUUUAAGGAGAAAGCAAGAUCGCUGGUUAACAGACAGGUUCUUUCAAAAACGUCAUUCAAUAAUGUUGUUCGAAAAAAUCAAACAAAUGGAAAUACAAGAAAAUAAAAAAGCACUUUUUUGUUUUAACAAAAUUGAAAAAAAUUCAAAUGAUGCAGUGAUUCCAAAAACUUGAUAUACAAGAAGCAUAUCAUUUAUGUAAGUUUGUAAAAUAAUGAUAUAUGAUUAGACUUGUAUGUGAACAAGACUGUUAAAACUUUAAUGGAAUUUUUUAAUUAUUAACUAGUUAAUAAAUUUGCAUGUACAGAAAAAA